CCUUGGUUUAGGGUUUCGUUUCCCCUAUCUAUAAGAGUCAUCUCUCUGCCGCGCCGGCCGAGAGAAGCGUGCGCUAAACGGAGUGGGGUGCAGUGGAGAGCCGAACGCCAUGGUGAAGUAUUCGAGAGAGCCCACCAACCCGACCAAGUCCUCCAAGGCCAUGGGCCGGGACUUGAGGGUUCACUUCAAGAAUACUCGCGAGACAGCUCAUGCAAUUAGAAAGCUACCUUUAGCGAAGGCUAAAAGGUACCUUGAAGAUGUAAUUGCUCAUAAGCAAGCCAUUCCAUUCCGAAGGUUUUGUGGGGGUGUAGGACGUACAGCUCAAGCGAAGGGUCGUCAUCCAAAUGGGCAAGGACGCUGGCCUCUGAAAUCAGCCAGAUUCAUUUUGGAUUUGCUCAAGAAUGCUGAGAGUAAUGCAGAGGUGAAAGGUUUGGAUGUUGAUGCUCUCUACAUCUCACACAUCCAGGUGAACCAAGCUCAGAGGCAGCGGCGUAGGACUUACCGUGCUCAUGGACGAAUUAACCCAUAUAUGUCCUCUCCAUGUCAUAUUGAAUUGAUUUUAUCGGAGAAGGAAGAGCCAGUCAAGAAAGAGCCGGAGACCCAGAUUGCACCAAGCAAGCCCAAGAAAUCUCAAGCUAUUCGAAGUGGUGCGUCUUCUUAAAGAUCAGUGGUUACAGCUUUGAGGAAAGCAUUGAUCUUGGGCUGAUUUGAAAUAGAUGCAGGCUAUCUUAUUUUUGGUAACAAAAGAUAUUCUGGAGAUUACUAGUGCUUCUGGAACAUUAUCUUUUUCUACCUUUGUUUUUGAUUGGGAAAUUUGUGGGAUUCCAUAGCUACUUUGAAAUGGAAGCAAUGUGACACCUUAAUCGUUGAGUAUUUGAUCUGUUUUCCCUUA